UUGGGAGCACAGCAUUGUGGGAAUUGGCAAACUGUGCGAAACAAACAUGGCUACGUACGGAAGUUUGUAACGAACGGACCGAACUCAUAUUUGCUCGUCUGUAAAUAGCUUUAUACAGUUGAAACAUUAUAUAAAUUGUUUCAGUUAGGGUAUUAUUUUGUAUCAAUUCUUUGUUCCAGUGGUUUAUAUACAAUAGUCAAGAACUAAUAAAAAAAAAAUCAAGAUGAUAUCCAAAAAAAGGCAGUGUAAACUUAUACUUGCAACAUCCAUGAUAUGGGUGUUUAUUGAUAUUGUAGCUGUAUUAUAUUAUUCUGCUCCUUGCAUUGGUCCCACAUGUGAAAAGAGCAUUAAAGAAGAGGAUGCAAAUCUUGUGAAGCGUAUUGUUGAAAAUGCUAAUGAGUGGGUAUAUAGGAAACCAGAGGACAAAAAGCAGAUUGAUGUGCCACGGCAGAUCAACUUAGAUGCACCCGGAGAAAUGGGAAAGCCGGUUAUUAUAGAACAAGAAAAUAAGGCAGAAGCUGAAAGAUUAUUCAAAAUAAACGAAUUUAACUUAAUGGCAAGUGAUAGAGUUGCAUUAAACAGGUCAUUACCAGAUGUCCGGCCAAGACAAUGCAGAGACAAAGUGUAUUCCAAAAACUUGCCAGAUGCAAGCGUGAUCUUGGUGUAUCAUAAUGAGGCUUGGAGUACGCUGUUGCGAAAUGUUCACAGUAUCAUAAAUCGUUCUCCACGAGAUCUUUUAAGUGAAAUAAUUUUAGUUGAUGAUGCCAGUGAUCAAGAACAUCUUGGCAAGAAGUUGGAAGAGUAUGUUGCAAAGUUACCAGUGCCUAUCAAUAUUCAACGUAUGCCAAAACGCGCAGGAUUGAUCCGUGCUAGGAUGCGAGGGGCAGAUGUCGCCAAGGGAAACGUACUCGUGUUUCUGGAUUCGCAUUGUGAGGUUACAGAAGGGUGGAUGGAACCCCUCCUGGCAAGAAUACAUGCUAAUAGAGACACUGCUGUUUGCCCUGUUAUUGAUGUAAUCAGUGAUGAAACCUUUGGUUACCAGCAUGGUAAUGACCCUCAGAUGGGAGGAUUCGGUUGGUCCUUAUUUUUCAAGUGGUACGGUGUCCCUAAGCGAGAAAUAGUACGUCGAAGAGGCGACCCAACUGAGCCUGUUAGGUCUCCUACAAUGGCUGGUGGUUUGUUUGCCAUAUCCAAGGAUUACUUUGAGGAGCUUGGCCGAUAUGAUCCAGGUUUUGAUAUAUGGGGAGGAGAAAAUCUUGAACUUUCAUUUAAAAUUUGGAUGUGUGGUGGUACACUUGAAUUUGUUCCCUGUUCUCAUGUAGGGCACGUGUUUAGGAAGAAGUCGCCAUAUCACUUCCCUCCUGGAACAAACUAUGUCAAUAAAAAUAAUAAAAGACUAGCAGAAGUAUGGCUUGAUGAAUACAAGAAUUUUUACUAUAGGAUAGCGCCCUCAGUGGCUAAAACUGACCCAGGGGAUCUCACAGAACGUCAUGCUCUAAGGAAGAGUCUUAAUUGCAAAAGCUUCAAAUGGUUUUUAGAAAAUAUAUACCCAGAGUCAUCAUGGCCUGUCAACUUCUACAGCAUGGGAGAGAUACGCAAUGUCGAGACUAAUCAGUGCCUAGACACAAUGAUGAGAGACACAGGUCACAAGGUCGGCCUUUAUGCUUGUCAUGGACAAGGUGGCAACCAGAUCUGGGCUUUUACAAAGGAUUAUGAAUUAAAACAUGAUGAUUCAUGUUUAGAUGUGGCCCACAAUGGACCAGUGAUGAUGUUGUCUUGCCACCAGCAGGGAGGAAACCAAAAAUGA